AUGAAUAUUCUUAAUGAAAUAAAGAAGCAGGUGGAUAUAGAGAUGAAAAAGAUCAAGAAGGUACCAGUGUCUAAGAAGACGAUACCUUCCUAAUAAAAGAAAGAAUUGGUUGAUAUGGUGAAUUAGGGAGUGCUUUUGAAAGAUGCAGCAAAAAAAUUAAAUCUAAAUUAUCAUGAAGCAAAAGUAGCAUACAACGAAUAAAAGAGGAAAUCCAUGAGUACUUAAAGUGAAACUGAAUCAGCAGUUUAUAGUGUUCGGACUGCUGGAGUUACUGCUCUGAAAUGGUUCCCAAGACACUUUUUAUUGUAAUAGAGUGUCAACAAUAACUUGGUAUCUGUUAGACGGCUAUAUAAUGUAUUGGUUUUGAACCCAAAACAAUAAUGA